UAAACCAAAUUUUCUGCGCAGGUCAGAAACGAAGAAGUCUGCAGAUAUAGUCCGACCUCAAAUAAAAUAUAGUCUUUCAGACAAAUGCAUUUUAAGUAGCUUCACACAAUGACUUUAUUGCUUUUGUUUUGCUUAGGAUUGUGUUGCUUUUCCUUUGCAGCGUCGGAUACGUAUGGGACAGCAGACAUUAUUUUUGUGAUAGACAGCAGUGACAGAGUAGCCUUGGCUAAGUUCCACCAGAUCAAAAGUUUUGUACGAGCUUUGGUUUCACAUUGGAAUGUCAGUCUUACAGACUUUCGCAUUGGUGUCAUAUCCUACGGUAAUGGGGUUCAUGUGGAGUCUAAACUUAUCAAUUCUGUCAACCUAGCUCAGGUGGACAGUGCCAUCAGUUCUAUAACGCACUACAAUGCUCCUGGGGAUGCUACAGAAGCUUUAAAAUUAGCCACCCAGGAAGGAUUCUUGCCAGCUAAUGGUGGAAGACCAGGAACACGGCAGAUUAUUGUCCACGUUGGUGCUGGCCCUGGUUUGGAUCCAAGUAGUCAUGCAAGCCAGGUUAAAAUAGCCAUAGAGAGGGGUUUGAUUGUGUACAAUGUUGCAGUGGGGGAUGGCUGGACACAGAGCAUUCUAUCACAGUAUGCUGACAUACCCCCAUCUCGUUAUAGUCUGCCGGUGGCAUAUUUCUUUUUGUUGGAUGAUGCUCUGGCCAGUCUUCUUGCACAGCGAAUAAUAAAUGAGGCUCCAAAGACAGUAAAUGAACUUCCGCAAGUGACACUGAACUGUCUCUCUAGAGCUGACAUUGUCAUCUGUUUGGAUGGGUCUACAAGUGUGACAUCAAACAACUUUGUGACAGCCAAAGAAAAUUUGAAAACUCUUGUUUCACAUCUUCCUGUUGGUCAGAAUGGAGUUCAUGUGGGCUUUGUACAGUUCAGUGGCAAGACAUCUUUGGAGUUUCCAUUAAACAAAUUCUAUGACAGGUUAACCAUCUUGCAAGCUAUAGAUAAGAUUCAAUAUAUGCAUGGAACUACAGAGACUGGGCAGGCUUUAAGUUAUAUAAGAAAUCAAGUGUUUACUAAUGCAAUGGGUGCCAGACUCGAUGUUCCAAGAAUUAUCCUUCUCCUCACAGAUGGGGCUGCAACACACCACUCUGCAGCUAUAAAUGAAGCUCUGUUAACAAGACAAAAUGGCAUCACUAUCAUAACUAUUGGCAUUGGAAGUCAGAUCAAUCAAAAAGAACUUGAGGAUAUUGCUGGUGAUACAAAAUUUGUUUAUAAAGCCUCCAGUUUUAAUGACCUGACACAUUUAAUUACACCUAUACUGAAUGCCACUUGUCAAGCCCCUGUAGCUACACCCCCUCCUGCUACAACACAAGACCCAGAGCUGGAGACUUGUUUUGAUAAGAUUACAACCUGUGAUCUGUAUAUCCAACACAACACUGACCAUGGUGGAUUCUGUGCUACUUAUGUGGACAUGGCCAAGCAAUCAUGUGCCAAAUCUUGUGCAUACUGCACUACUGUCAUUCCAGCAGUCACCUCUACACCCCCUCCGUGUGUUGACAAAUUGAGCAACUGUUCUAGCUACAGUACUGCAGACUGUGUUGCCUUCUCUUCUUUCUUCAGUGAAAGAUGUGCUCAGAUGUGUGGGCUCUGUGAUGUCAAAGCAGAUACACCUGGUUUUCAUGGUAAGUGCAUGUACAAGUCUAAGAUCUAUGAGCAAGGAGACAAAUGGAUAGAUGGAUGUGACUACGAGUGCACUUGUGUUGAUGCUGCUCAUGGGAGAUAUGAAUGUUCAUCCAUCUGUGAUGUGUAUCACAAUUUGCCACCAUUUUGUACCUUAGUGAAGAAAGAAGGGGAAUGCUGUUUGCAACCUGUCUGCCAUUUUGAAUCCACACUUCAUACUUUUACUGAAGUUUCUCCUGGAGUGACCCCUGAUAAUAUGAAUGUUUGCCAGUACCUUGGUGGCCAGUACCAACAGAAUGAAUUCAUUGACGAUGGAUGCAAUAACAAAUGUUUUUGUGUCAACGCUUUUACUGGUUUAGUCAAUUGUACAGCCACUUGUCCUGAAUACAACACAACAAAUUUCCCCUCAAACUGCUACCUGGAAAGUGUACCUGGCUCUUGCUGCAAAACUCCAAAGUGUGAACUGUUGACAACCACUGCCACUAUCAGUGGAUUCGGCACAGUGUCUGAUAUUGCUGGAUACAAAGUAAUUUAUGAUGAAUCCAAGCAGCCUGCUUGUACAGAUCUAAAGCCUGAAUGCCCUCUGUAUGGCAAGGACGCAUGUGAGGGAAGCUUUAAGCCAUUCAUGAAAGAGAACUGUCCAGUUUUCUGCAACCUUUGCAAUGAGAAAUAUCCAGGCUUUGUUGCAGGACCCAACGACUGGUGCACUUACAAUGGUGUCCACUACAAGGCAGGAGACACCUGGGAGCCUGAUUGUGAACACCAGUGUGUGUGUGACACUCAGUAUUAUGGUUACUACAGAUGUUACAGCAAAUGUACUACAUACUCUCAAAUACCAGAUGGAUGUAAGCUAGAAAAACUGGCAGGAGAUUGCUGCCCACGCAUAAUCUGUCCAGGCAGUACCAGCAUUGUUCCAUCUACCACUAACCUACUGUCCCACAUUGUAGCUGGCAGCAACAUCUAUGUAAUCACUAGCACUGGUCAACAGAAGCCUUUGUUACCUACAUUGAAUAUAGAUGGCACAGUUAAUUAUAUUACUUCUGGAUAUCAGACAUAUACAAUAGUUGGAUGUCUGUUCAAUGGUAGACUACUUGUUCAAGGAGAAUUUGCCAAAGAUUCUAAUUGUGGUCCCACAUGUCAGUGUUUAAAUCAAAGUACAGGCCUGAUGUCAUGUGUUGACAGAUGCCCCUACUAUGUGCCUGAAAAUAAGCUAUGUACGAUUGUCACUGACCCAUUUGAUGCAUGUUGUAAAGUGCCUAGCUGUCCACUGUCAGUCACUAACCCACCAUCUUCUAUUUAUCUUGAACCAAAGUUAUUAUAUAGCAUUGUAAAGGGACCAAGUCUUGAGGAUCUUGUUGCAGCAUACUCAACCACAAGGGUCACCACGACUAUAGCCACAACAGUCACAACAACGCCAAUGUCAACCUAUGAUCCGCAUCACUCAUACAGGCCACAGAGUGCCAACUUUCUUCCCACCAUGCCGCCCGGAACAGUGGCCAAUCCCAACUCAUCAGGGCGCUGUCAUUAUGGCAGUCAAUCUUACAGAGAAGGCGAUCGCUGGACAGUUGGUUGUGACCUGAACUGCCUAUGUGUUAAUGCCAUGACCAACUUGUAUGUGUGUGACCACAUGUGCCUGACCUUUAACUGUCCUCAAGGCUACAACUGUACUGCUUACCCAGACCCUGAGUUCCCAUGCUGCAAUUUAGUUUUAGUAAACCUUCCUACAAAUACUGUUUUAAACCCUACUCAAGUGACCAUAGGAAAUGUAUGCCAUUAUAAUGGCCAAGAUUAUCAUAUUGGGGAAUCCUGGCAGCUAGGUUGUGAAAAAAAUUGUACUUGUCUGGCACUUAAUUCUACCUACAUGUCCAUUGGCUGCAAAGAUUUGUGCCCGAAGUAUGCUAACCUUCCUCCAGGGUGUACACAAAUAAUACAAGAUGGCAAGUGCUGUCCUACUCUAGUUGGAGAAACAUGUUCUGGUCAGUAUUGCCUGGACCCAACUGGAAAACCUCACCUCCCAGGAUCAACAUGGAGAGAGGGCUGUGAUUAUGACUGCACAUGCAUUGCCAGAACUGACGGGUUCUACAGGGAAUGCAGUGGCAUCUGUCCAAAGUUUCCCAGCCUGGCCAACUACCACUGCACCUUCCCCACUCCAGCACCUGGCAAAUGCUGUGCCCUGCCCCAAUGUUGUGUUGACCAGGCCUGUGAGAAUAAGGUUACUUUCCAAAUAGCGGAUCAGUUCAAGAAUGAAUUUUAACUAUGGAGGACAAUAUUGUAUUUUGUCAUAUUCUUGGAUAUUGUGCUAUAAAAUUAAUUUAAAAUGCAUAUAUAUAUAAUCAAAUCAUUUAAGAUUAUUGCAAGCAAUAAAGGUUACUGCUUAUU